AUGCUCACAGCCCGGUUCUCGACCCGAAGAGAAGCUUUGCGGAGAAAGCAGGGCUUCCUGGUCCUACACUGCACAGCAUCAGCAUGGUCGAACAUUCCAAAAAGUCACCCGUUGACCUCGGGGGUUGGGCUGCUGCGGACUGUGCUGCCUGCCGCUGACGAGUUGCUGAAGGAUGCAGAAGGCGCUUAUCCGAACCUCGGGCACAAGUUCACGUCUUUCCCGAAGUUCAUCUUCCGACCUCGUACAGGACGUAUUAACUGGAGGCUCCUGCACUCUCUGGACCUCGACAGAGUAGUUCGUGAAGGUGAUAUUGACACGAUUCAGGCGUACCUUGACAACAUCACCUACUCUCGUUUCAGCCGCGAGGAUUUGGAGGUCACCAGUGAUGAUGGCCUCAUCAAGGUCGUGCAGCUGGCACAGCUGUGUAUGGAGUACCUGAACUCGAUGUGCGCAUCCUCACAGCAACUUAUCCAGGGCCUCUCCGAGCGCGUUCGCAUCCAGGCGGCGCAGUUGAAGGCCAGCGAUGCUGGCCGCCGACGCAGCAGGCCGCGGCGCAACUCUCCCAGGGAAUCUCGUGGGCCUCCUGUGGGUGCGGUGGCUCGAAAGUGCACAUACUGCUCCAAGCGCUUUCAGUCAGAGCAGUACCUCAAUGAGCACUUGAUGCGGAGGCACAUGGCGGAUGCCUUCCCGAUCAGAGUCGAGAAGGCUCCGUCACCGCCUCACGAGUUUGCGGAGCCCAGCCCGAUCAGGAGUGCAGGCACUUUCUUCCCCCCAAAGCAGUGUGGGAGUUUGAGGGGAAAAACGCGAUUUUCUCAUUGGGCGCGAGAGGUGCCAGCAGCAGGAGCUUGCUUGCGCGGCUCCUGCUUUGGGUGCUGCGCGCGUUUGCGGCGGAUAUCGCGUUCUUCCACCGGAAAAAAGGAUUUAAUGUAA